CUGGGAGGAAGUUUGUUUGAGUAUAAGGAUUAGUGGCGGAACACAUACUAUGACAUGGGAUCGUGCACGAGACGACACUUCCUGUUGUCAAUAUGCAUCCUGCAAUUGCUAUUCAUCAUCGAGCGUCAGGUGUUCGACUUUCUCGGCUACAUGUGGGCACCGAUCCUGGUGAACUUCUUCCAGAUCCUGUUUGUGAUAUUCGGUUUCUUCGGUGCCUAUCAGUAUCGGCCCCGGUACCUCGUAGCGUAUACAGUGUGGAGUCUGCUGUGGUUAGGAUGGAACAUCUUCCUAAUAUGCUUUUACCUGAACAUAGGAAUUUUAGAUAGGGAUAGUGAUUUAUUGAAUUUGGGAACGGGCAGCGUGUCCUGGUUCGAGGAGAAUGGCUACGGUUGCCGACCAACCUACCCCACCAACGUCACAUCGGAGGAUCCAUAUCGGCCCGUCCGGCCAGAAAAGGUCGACGGUUGUCUGCUCGAGUACCACAUCGUCGAGGUGGUACAUGCGGGCAUCCAUUGCGCACUAGCGGUUUUCGGAAUAUUUGGAGCAAUCUGCCUGGGUCAAACGUUUCUCGACGAGGAUGACAGCUUCGAUUUUAUGGGUGGCGAUGCGAAGAGUCCGCAGCACACGGCCGUGCAUCCAAUGUACGUAAGCUACAGUAGUUUACCAACCACCAACAGUGCCAACUCGACCCAGCUAAAGCAGGCGGCCAGCAGUGCAAAGCUGCUGCUGCUAACCGCUACUAGCAAUGGUGGUAGUGGCAUAGAAGGCAGUGGUGAAGGAGGCGAGGAAGGAGAUGGUACUGCUGGCGGUGGUGUUGGGUUUGAUUCACGUGCGAAUCACACCAAAGAUCAGAGCAAACAUCCAUCAUCAUCACUGCCGAAUCACCACCCGAUGGCGAAUAAUAAUAAUCCUCCAUCUACCGGGGCACUAAUGCGCAGUAACACCGGCAAUAGUGGCAGCUUUGGUGAUGUGCUGAAGGCAAAGCUCAGUGGGCAGCAGCACGGUGGUCCGCCCAGUAACAGCAAUCACUCACCCUCGAAUACUAACACACUCCUGUCAUCCUCAUCCUCACCGUCAUCCACGUUCACGAACAUCCACAGCAGUCCACAGAGUCUGCACAAUGCUCACAACAGCAGCAGCAGCAACAACAACUACCACAACCAACACCACAAUCACCACAAUGUUCACCAUCAUCAGAACAGCACGGCUAGUCAGCAGGGUAUGGGAGCGAAUGCCACAAACCUGUUGACCAAGCUGAGCAGCAAUAAUAGCAUCAACAGUGGAGGAUCGCGUGUGAUCCUGCUGCAGCAUCAAGAUAGUUCCGAAUCGUCACCACCACCGACAGUACCGGCCCGUGGUUUGAGCAGAAACUCCAGCUUCAGCAAGGCAACUUCCUCCGGUGGAAGGGAUCAUGCCGCGAUCCUGAAUAAUAAUCCACUAAGGAAGAAUAGUAGCAGUGUGAGCAUACUAAGGUAUGGAGACGGUGGCGUGCAGGGUCGUCGAACACCGGAUCCCGAGGAUGACACGUUCUUCAUUCCGAGAAGUGCCUCUUCCUAUCAGGCACGUGCAGGGAACUUCGGUAUCAGCAAUCCCUUCAAUAAUGUUGUACUAGGACGGCCAGGUUAUCGUGGAGCAACGGCCGGCACCACUGAUGGUGGUACGCCUGGUGAAGAUGAUGGCCGUCGCUUACUGCUUCUGAGCGGAUCCGCACAACAGUUGGGUAGCUCAACGCCCCAAAAGCGUAACUCACUGGUCGGGGUGGUGGUCCCGAGUGGUGGUAGUGGACCCGCCACACCCGGUUCGUGGAAUGGGCGAGGAUCUCCAGUGCCGCAAGUACCUCCACUACCUCAGCAUUACCAGCGCAAGGGUUCCGAUGCGGGAUCAUCGACCGGCAAUGCUUACCUAACGCGAUCUCCCAACCUGAACCGUAUCGCCCGCCGUCACAAUGGCAGCGGCCCAGGAGGGAGCAAUGCAUUGAACAAUAACGGGCAUGGGGGUGCGGCUUUUCCUGACCGUGGCCCUGGUAGUCGUAGCGGAAGCAGUGGACGUCUGCCAAGCACCGCCAAUCAGUGUGAUCAAAUUCGCGAGUAUGGAGGACCUGUGGUGGGAAAAUCUCUUGGGUACUGUGCGGCCGCAGUACCAUCGUCUCCACCGGAGAAUAACAACUAUCCGGCGAUACCGGGAGGAUUUCAGCGCAACAACAAUGCACCCUCGGGCAUUCCGGUGAUGGUGAUGCAUCGGGCCAAAUCGCAGGAUCGUUUAGCGUAUCGAAGUCGCCGUCCGGGACGAACGUUCGGGGCGAAUGGUGGUGGCUCGGGUCACCAUCAUCAUCACCACCAGCAGCAACAGCGACCCCGAUCGUUCUGUAGCAACAACGGUGCCUAUCCGGAUUACGUGAUAUUGGAGCAUCCAGGGAACUAA